CAUCAUCCUGCAAAGAUAAGACAGAUCAUAAAUUCCCUUUUUAAAGCUGAGCUGCAUCUCAGGUUGACUAGAAGCUGUCUCAAAGAAGCUCCUGCUUCAGUCAGAAAAAUGGCAUUUGAUGGCAACUGGAAGGUAGACAGAAGUGAAAACUAUGACAAGUUCAUGGAGCAGAUGGGUAUUAAUAUAAUGAAGAGAAAGCUAGGAGCCCAUGACAACUUGAAAAUCACUAUUAAGCAGGACGAAAACAAAUUCACUAUCAAGGAAUCAAGUACUUUUCGAACCAUAGAAAUAAUAUUCAUGCUGGGAGUCCAUUUUGAAUACACCCUGGCUGAUGGAACUGAGCUCAGUGGUACUUGGAAUCUGGAAGGAAAUAAGCUUGUGGGAAAAUUCAACCGGAAAGAUAAUGGGAAAGAGCUCAAAGCAUUCAGAGAACUGCUAGGAGAUGAAUUAAUUCAGACUUACAUAUAUGAAGGAGUUGAAGCCAAGAGAAUCUUUAAAAGGGUUUAAAUCUCAAGCCCAGAAAGAAAUCUGAUGCGAGAAGAAUCAUGUUGUAUGUGGCAACUGUUUCCCUUGCCCAACAAGCACCAAGUUACUGAUUGAUUAGUCUUGAUUUAAACACAGGCCAACAUUUUGCACUUCCAGUCUGCCAAUAUUACAUAUUUGUAUUACAUAUCAAUAACUGUUUUGAUAUAUGGCAUU